AAGGAAGUGCUAAACCGUGUACAUUUCCGUUUCAGAAAUUUUACCACAUUGAUCGUAAUAAAUUCUGUAAAAUGUAUAUUUUCUCUUGUGACAUUGUUUCUCCACCAUACAUGUUAUAUGUAGGAGAAGAAAAGCAUGAAAAUGAAGAAUUAAUAAGAUGGGGCUGGCCCGAAGAUGUAUGGUUUCAUGUUGACAAAGUUUCAUCAGCUCAUGUGUAUUUAAGACUUCAUGCGGGUGAAACAUUAGAUGACUUAAGUCAAGCUGUAAUAAAUGAUUGUGCCCAAUUAGUUAAAGCCAAUAGUAUAACAGGUAAUAAAAUGAAUAAUGUAGAUGUUGUAUAUACAAUGUGGUCAAAUCUAAAGAAAUCAGCCAGGAUGGAUGUAGGACAAGUUGGUUUUCAUAAAGAUCAGGAGGUGCGGAAAGUACGAGUAGAAAAAAGAUUAAAUGAAAUUGUAAAUAGAUUAAAUAAAACCAAAAAAGAAGUCCAUCCAAAUUUACGAGAUGAACGAGAAGAAAGAGAUCGGAAAGAAAGAGAGAAAGAAAAGAAUUUACAACAUCAAUUAAAGAUAAAAGAAAAAGAAGAGGAAAGAAUCCGAAAAGAACAAGCAGAAUUGAGAUCUUAUUCAACGUUAAUGAGUGAAGACAAUAUGAAAUCAAAUUAUGAUGAUGGGAAUGACUCUGACGAUUUUAUGUAAAUUAUGAACUAAACAAUGUGAACUUAAUCUUUUACCAUGUAAUGUAAACAUUGUAUACACCAGUCAAGAAUUUGACUUAAAUAUGGUCAUAAAGACUUUUAUUGCUAUCAAAGAGAAAAUGGACUCAAAAUAGAGUGAAAAAGUAAAAGCUUAAAAUUGUGGCAACUAAAUCAAGGGAAAGAAAACUAUUAUUAUGUUAUCAUACACUGCAGAUGGUGAAACAUCUAAUGACUAGACUACAUUUUACAACCUGCUUUUGAAAAUUGUGGAAAAUAAAUAUUUAAAGGUCUUUAUUUAAAUGGAUUUAAUCGCAAUUGUCACUAUUGUAUUGCGCUCACUCACUAUCUUGGGGGUGCUGCGCUUGAUUCUAGUGUUCCUUGGGUGGUUCCAAGCCUGACAUGGAUGGGACAAAAAAAUGAGGUGGCAUGAUAUAGAUCUCCGGACAGUUGCAAAUCGAAAUAAUAGUAGACUGUAUAGAGCCACUGUCAGGGCAAAAUUCCCCUCAUAGCAUACUACAUGAUAUAUGCCCAUCUUAAUUUGUACUUUGAUGCAGAAAAGUAAAUUUCGUCCCUUCGGUUUUGCUACUGAACACAAAAUCCAUUAUAUAUCGAUAUUAGCUCUAAAAUUUUAAGUGUUAACAGAUACGCAAUUAUCAAAACAAAGCAACACAUUACCAUCUAGAGACAUUUAAAUUGGUUGCAUUCCGCCAUCUUUUUGCCACUGAUAUCUGUUUAGAAUAUAUGAUUUGUAUCCUAUAACAUUGAGACCAAGACAUUACCUGACCUACAUUUGUGGGUUUCUCUAUUAAAUUAUUAUCUAUAUAUUAUAUACCAAUUUUCAGCCCAUAUUUUUGUUAAAUCUAAAUGAUGAAAAUUGUCAUUGGUCCUUUAUACAUACUUUGUCAAGUUGCCAUUUACCAAACUUUGUGGGAAUGUUUGUACCAUAGGACCCAUAUGGUAUUGAAAAAAUUUGCUUUGCCUGGUCAAUGUGGAUAUUUUCUCCUAAACUGCAUGUCCAUAUUAGAAAUAUUAUUAAUUAAUAUAUCAAUUUGACUUAAAUACUGAUAGGUGAAUAACCCAAUGUGAGAACUUUUUGUAAAACACUGAUAUGUUUGAAUUAUAUAGCAAAUGAGGUUAAUAUUUAACAGGUUGUCAUAAAGAUGUACAAACCUAAAGAAUACUGUAUAAAUUAAAAUAUAUGUAUGUUG